AUGCUUGAUCUAAUACGAAACCAUCUUCUUGAAGAUACCUAUGAUUUUAGUCCUUUAACCGAAACAAAUAAAAGCAAUUAUUUCAUUCAUGAACAGCCUUCUUGCAGCGUCGACAAAAUUGUCGACGUGAAAUGGUCUGAGAAGGAGGUAGAGAUGCCUCGAAGCAACGAUUCGCGAGACUGGAAGAGGUAUACAGGUGUGAGGCGGAGGCCUUGGGGAAAGUUUGCGGCGGAGAUCAGGAAUCCAGCUAAGAAAGGGACACGGAUAUGGCUGGGAACUUAUAACACCCCUGAGGAUGCUGCAUUGGCUUAUGAUAAAGCGGCUUUUAGGUUACGUGGCUCUCGUGCUAAGGUUAAUUUUCCGGGAAUGAUCGGGUCUUAUAUCACAGAGCCGAUUCAUGGUGAUGCUCCUAAGCGCGCAUCUCAUGUGGAGACUACGUCCUCGUCGUCGUCUUCAUCUUCGGCCAUAUCAGAAGAUUCGGAGUCAUCUAAGAGAAGGCGAAUGGUGUAG